AUGUCGAACAACCAGCACACCGUUGUUGCGCUCAAAUCUGCGUUCCUUCGCGCGCAGACGCGCAUCCUCUCACAAGAGCUCCGGCCAUCUGAGCGAUGGCGCGAUGGCACAGAGUCUAUACCCGAGCGCAUCAUACGAGAUGUCACACUUGAAACUAAUCGCCUCAUGCGACGCCACACAAAGACGGCUUACGGUGCACUAUCGAUCCGCUAUGUUGCGGAGCAAAUUGACCAGCUGUACUGGAACCUUGCUGCUCCAGAUAUCGAAGUCAGAGAUGCGAUCGAUGCAGACGACUCUGAGACCACUGGCCUUCUACGAGUUGGAGACGAUCUCACGUUGGACGAUAACAUCGCGAAGCUUCCGCCAACUUGGGAGGAGGCCUCCUCCGACCAAGAGUCUUCGACCGGAGAUGGAGCUACUUAUCAGGAACGAUACUUGGCCGCCAUCACUCAAUUGCAAUCUCUAUCCGCCCAAAGACAGAUGCUCUCGCAAAAGCUAUCUACUUACCGCGCUCUGAUCACCUUGCUCGAGCCAUAUCGUAAGCCACAGGAGAGCAUUCAACCGAAUCUGGUCACUCGAGAUGCCCUGCUCGGUACUGAAUUAGCGAAGACCCGCACCUUGGCCAUUAGAGUGGCUGGGCGGGUUCAAGAACGGUUCGGAGAGAGUCGUGGAGUAGACGAGACGGAGGACCAUGAACAUGAAGCCAUGGAGGAUGUCUUGGACGAUAGCGAGAAGCUGAAGGGCAUCAUGGCGGGGUGGUAG